CACAAACUCAAGUCACCUAAUAGUGAUACACGAGAAAGCGUCUUGUAUUGGUGUAACGCUGUUCGUAUUUUUCCGACUACCUCAAUGUCAGAAAAUACAAACAUGGAACAACUGAGUAUACCUGAGUUUUAUAAAGGCCGUUCGGUCUUUAUCACCGGUGCGACGGGUUUUAUGGGUAAAGUGCUAGUGGAGAAGCUUUUACGAUCUUGUCCUGACAUUGAGCGUAUUUACCUAUUAAUGAGACCGUCGAAGGGCCAGAGUGUCGAAUGUCGCUUGCAGGAUCUGAUCAACAACCAGAUAUUCGAUGCGGUCAGGAAAGAGCAAUUGAAUGUUAUGGCAAAACUUACGGCUGUGACGGGUGACGUGACGCUUCCUGGAUUCGGAUUAUCGGUCUCUGAUAUGCACCUCUUAAUUGAAAACGUUUCUAUUGUCUUCAAUUCCGCGGCAACUAUCAAAUUCAAUGAAGAGCUCAAGGAUGCCAUCGAAAUGAAUGUGAAAGGACCCAUGCAACUAUUGAACAUUUGCCGUCAAAUGAAGCGUCUCGAGGCUUUCGUCCACGUAUCCACGGCUUUUAACAAUUUGGACCGGGAGGAAAUGAAAGAACAGGUGUAUCGCUCCAAAGUUGAUCCUGUCAAAUUAAUUCAAUUGCUUGACUGCCUCGACGAUAACGUAGUAAAAAAGAUUGCGCCAGAACUAAUAGGAAAUUGCCCCAAUACAUAUACUUACACCAAAGCCUUGGCCGAGCAGCUGCUAGAGGAACAAUGUGGGAACGUUCCAUUGGCAAUCGUGAGGCCAUCCAUCGUUACCGCAGCUCUCAAGGAACCUAUUCCAGGCUGGGUUGACAAUUACAACGGGGCAACAGGAACAAUAGCCGCCGUUGGGAAAGGAUUCUUUCGUAUCAUGAAGAUUAACGCAGAACUAGUCAGUGACAUCAUCCCCGUUGAUUACCCAAUCAAUUUGAUGAUUGCUGCAGCCUGGCAUUUAGCCAUUCGUAGACCAAACGAAGUGCCUGUCUAUAGUUGUACCACUGGCCAUCGAAACCCACUCACCUGGGGCGGUUUGAAACGUUUUACUGUAGACUCUUGGUUGAAAUAUCCUACCAAAGAUAUGAUGUGGUAUCCCAGCGCUUUUUACACAAUCAACGACGUCUGGUUCAAAGCCAAUCAAGCCCUGUUUCACACUAUCCCAGCCCAUUUGUUUGACAUGUUUUACACCUUGACCGGUAAACGCAGUCGUUGGGUUCGAAUGUACGCUAAAGCAACUCUUGCCUUUUCUUCUUUGGAGUUUUUUACGACACAUCAGUGGCGAUUCAUCAGUAACAAUCCCAUUCGUCUACUGGAAGAGAUGUCAAAUCAAGACAAGAAAACAUUUUAUUUUGACGUCCGCGAAAUUGAUUGGAAAAGUUACUUUGAAACUUACAUACAGGGAGCUCGACGUUACGUCCUUAAAGAUGAUCACAGUACUUUGCCACUUGCAAGACGCAACCUCAACCGGUUGUACAUGGCACGAAUGUUUCUACGUCUCCUGUUUUUCUUUAGUGUUUUCACAGUACUGUUGCGCACUUUCAAGCCAUUUUUACUUCCAGCUAUCUGUCUGCAAACUGCCAUUUUCCUAUUAGCCGAGUUUUUGUCAGUGUAAAUUUUGUCUUGCAAUUAACGAAAAGCCACAAUUUUUUUUACCAAUGGCAUAAAUAGUUAGUGAAAGACUGGUAGGUAAAUCAGCAGGUUGUUUUACUUUCUAACUUUCUUCGAAGAACUCUUUUCAUUGAUUCAAUUAAUCGGCAUUUUCAUACUCUAAUUUCUUUGAAUUUCAUGUUCAAAAAUUCUCAUUAUGCAUUUUUUCUUCAGAUGUCUUUAGUUAUGCUGGCAAACUUGUUAAAUAUCUUGUCUUAAUGGCUCGGUUUAGGACCAGGUAUUAUGGAAAAUUGUUCAGAUAAUCUAGUAAAUUAGUUUUUAGGCAACUGUUAUUAAAGUUGUUUUGAAAUCAAAUCUUUAGAGAAAGUAACAACCUUUGGUUUUUACUUGAAAAACUGGUUUUAUUCCCCUUUUGUUCCCAUAAAAACAAAUUCAAAACAGAAUUCAUUUAUGAAACUUUUGUCGGAAAGUUAAAGUUAUUAUAUUUGCUUCUUAUAUCGCGCGCGCAAUCGUCCUCAGCGAUAAGCAGUGUGUUAAGACCUACCUUUCAUUGAGGAUUUAUUGUUAACAAUAUAUCUGUGUGAAAGUGUAGUAGUGACCAGCCCCAGAAACAAUUGCUCAAAAAAACCUACCCAAACAACUUUUGCUAGAACUCUAACAGCUAUUGAAAAACAAUCCUUUUCUUUGUUCUAUUUUCAUUCUGAAAAAUGUUUUUUUUUUCAUUUACCGCUUCGCUGUACUGUCAAACGUUAAAAGUACGAUUAACAAUAAAAAAACACAUAACAAAUA